AAGCUAUCAAAUUGACUCUACUUUGUUUUAAAAAGGGUUUAAGAAAUGCUCUCUGGUUUCACCAGAACUCUACUCCAAAACCCUAAACUCUUCACCUUCAAACAUCAAAAUCCUCUCGCAUUCUCUCUAGUAAUGGCUACCGCUAACUCCUCUUCUUUCUCACCUGUAUCUUCCCCUUCAAACCAUGUUCCCCUAAAGCGAGUAGGUACUCACAAUGGUAGCUUCCAUUGUGAUGAAGCUCUUGGUUGCUUCAUGAUUCGUCUUACAAACAAGUUUUACAAUGCUCAGAUUGUCCGUACUCGCGAUACCCAGGUGUUGGAAACGCUUGAUGCGGUGCUUGAUGUUGGUGGGGUUUAUGAUCCUAGUCGAGACCGUUAUGAUCAUCACCAAAAGGGAUUUCAAGAGGUUUUUGGACAUGGUUUCACUACUAAGCUUAGCAGUGCUGGUCUUGUUUACAAGCAUUUUGGAAAGGAGAUAAUUGCAAAGGAGCUCCAAGUUGAUGAAGAACAUCCGGAUGUUCAUAGGUUGUUCCUUGCCAUUUACAAGAGCUUCAUGGAGGCAAUUGAUGCAGUCGACAAUGGAAUCAAUCAGUACGAUACAGACCAGUCACCCAGAUAUGUAAAUAAUACUCAUUUGUCCUCACGAGUUGGAAGACUAAACUUGGACUGGAUUGAACCUGAUCAGUCUUCUGAAAAGGAGAAUGAAGCUUUCGAACGUGCAAUGGAUUUAGCUGGCAGUGAGUUCUUGGAUCGCGUCCGCUUUCAUGUAAGAUCUUGGUUACCAGCACGCUCAAUCAUCAUGGAGUGCCUUGCUGCAAGACACAAGAUUGAUCCUAGUGGAGAGAUUGUAGUUUUUACUACAUUUUGCCCGUGGAAGCUUCAUUUGUUUGAGCUGGAAGAGGAGAUGAAGAUUGAUCCUCCCAUCAAAUAUGCUUUAUAUCAGGAUGAUAGGAGCAAAAGUUGGCGAGUGCAAGCUGUGGGUGUAGCUCCUGACAGAUUUGAGAGCAGGAAAGCCCUUCCAGCUCAGUGGCGAGGUUUAAGAGAUGAUGAACUCUCCAAGGAAACAGGAAUUCCUGGCUGUGUUUUUAUCCACAUGAGUGGGUUUAUUGGAGGAAAUCAAAGUUAUGAAGGAGCACUCGCAAUGGCAAAAGCUGCUUUGAAGCUCUAGGCACAGGAACAGUUUUAUAAAUGGAUUUCAGAAACUGAGUGAUCUCUUUAUGAUUUAACAUUAUAGCUGAUCAUGACAUCAGGUUGCCAUUUAAAUAGCGCAUUGGAGUUGAAUUUAUUCAAGGUUAUUAAGGAAACUAUACACAACCAGGCAGACAGUUUUUUACAUAUUCAGAUGCUAUCUUUUACUUUUACAGCCCAAUGUUGUGUUUGCAGUUGUAAAAUACAAUAGAUUUCAUCGUUAUUCAAGAUCUUUUUUGGUA